AUGCUAAAGGGGAAUAAGAAACUAAGUGCCCAGGACGGAGUGGCAUCCACCAUUGCCAGCACAAAUGCCAACAACCAUCUGGCACUUGUCAGCAGGCCUAAGGCAUCCAAUCGCUUUUCAUUGUUCUUGGAAAAUUGUGUGCCUGUUGCGAAUUCCCUGAACAACUUUGGAAGCUCGCCCCUUUUUGGUCCGGCCUCACUACAGUUGGCCCAGAUUAAGACCCAGUUGGCACUGCAUCAACUGAAUGCAAUUGCCGCUAGCAACGUUAGCGCCCCAGCGGUUGCCUCACCUGCACUGACCUUGCUCAACCUGCUCAAGGUCACCAUGUCACAUCCCUUGUAUAACCCCCGUGCAGGGCCAUUUUCGGGCAGCCAGAGACCCAUGAUGUCCAACCAGUAUGGUGUUGGGUCCCAGCCUGCUCUAGAUCUUGGGCAAUCUCGCAUUGGUUCAGCCCCUGGCUCUAUGUCCGGCCCCCGAGGGGGCAUGAUGUCACCCAUGGUAUCCCCGCAGAUGGGCCUGCAGAUGGCCCAGCGUCCUUCGCAGGUAUCCCGGGACCUUGAUGCUUCCAUAGACAUGAACAUUCGAGGUGCUCGAGAGGAAGUUCGCCUCCUUGCCCAGAUGUUACAGCCGCAGCCAAAACAAGGUGACCCUCGAAUGAGGAAGGAGCCCAGAGAAGAUUUACUCUCCUCAGGAAGUAGUGGUUUCCAGGGAUCUCAAGGUCCAGGCAGAUCAGAGGAGCCUUCGGUGGACUGGUCUGGCUACCAGACACCCAGUAAGCUCUUUGGUCCUCCGGGUAUAGCACACUCCUCCAGUGCCUCUCAGGUGUUCCAAACAACAGGGUUUCGUAGCACUGGUGGUUUGGACAGCCCAGGACCUUCUGAACAUCGUCCUGGACGCUACACCUCUGAGAGUGCCAGCAGCAUCUUGGCAAGCUUUGGACUCUCAAAUGAGGACCUUGAGCUUCUGAGCCAUUACCCUGAUGACCAGCUUACACCCGAUAACCUGCCUUUCAUUUUGCGAGACAUCCGCAUACGAAAAGCCAAGAGAAACGUCUCUGACAUGGACACAAGACCUUCAGCAGAACUGCUGGGCCCUGAACCUCGGCAAAGCAAAGUGAUUGAUUAUGGACAUUCUAGCAAAUUUGGCUUCUCUGAGGAGAGCACAGACAGCUAUCAGCGAGACCAUCUUAUCAAAGAGUCACCGAAAUAUGGAAGGGAAGUUUCGGCGUCACCCUUUGGUGGGGUUGAGCUCCCCAAGCGUCCUCAGCCCGGCCAACAAGUUUCGGUUCCAGGUUCAGCACAGAAUCUUCAGAAGCCUCCAGCUGUGGAUCUCCGGACACCUCCGCCCAGUGUAGAUCCCAAAAGUGCCAAAUCUCUGCCAGGAAGACUACCAAUGUCCAAACCUAUUCCAGCACCUGUUGGCCGACCUGCACCUCUACCUCCAUCGCUUACUGGUGGUUCCCAAGGUGGCAUGAUGCCCUUAGGUGACAUAACCGGAGGUCCAAAGACUGUCUGGCCCCCUGCGUUCCCCCCUCCUUCAAGCAACCCUCCCGGCAUGAAGAGGCUCCCAACACCCACCAUGAUGAAUGAUUACUCAGCUGCUACACCAAGAAUCUUUCCUCAUACGUGCUCUCUCUGUAACAUAGAAUGUGUCCGGUUGAAGGACUGGAUUGAACACCAGAACACCAGCCUCCACAUUGAAAGCUGUAGGCGUCUGAGGAAACAAUACCCUGACUGGAAUGUGGAGACUAUCUCUGUCACAAGAAAUGAGCCCAAACUUGACCGUCGUAGUCCCAAGAGGCAUACUCGAUCAAAUUCUUACUCAAGAACCCCCAGCCCCAGACGCCACCAUGGCUCAUCUGGCCGACGCCCACGGUCCCGGUCUCGCUCUCGAAGCCCGCGAAAACACAGGCGUAGUCGAAGCCGGUCGAGGUCCCCCCGCAGGGUUCCUCGUGCAAGUCCGUCCUCGUACCGAAGGCGGUCACGGAGUCCGCCCAGACAACGCUCCAGAUCACCUGGCUACAGCAGACGCUCCCCACCCCGUACAACCCGCAGGAUAAGCCCACGUCGAAACAGUCCCUCCCGUCAUCAAAGAUCUAGCAGCAGUGAGAGAUUGGCCAAGAAGCUCAUUGAAUCCUCAGACUUAUCCUCGAUCACAGACAGCAGCUCUCUGAAGGCUGUGGUGCAGUCUUUGGCUCCAGCCCUGCUUGCUGAGCUGGCUAAGAAGAAGAGUGGUUCCUCUUCCUCCUCAUCGAAGAGCAGUGGCAGGAAACAAUCUUCCUCUCCUACCUCUAAGAAGAGCAAGUCCAACACCUCUUCUCUCCCAAAGAGUAGCUCAUCCAAGAACAUGAAACCGAAAAAGACGACUGCGCCCGGCACUUCCUGUUUGCUGAGAAUCACUGGAGUACCCAUUGGCAGCACCCGGCAACAACUAUUUGAUGUCAUCCAACCAUUUGGCAAGAUCCAUACAGCUAUUCUCCUUAAAGCUAUAGGAGAGGCAUCUGUAUGUAUGGAGAGGGAGGAAGAUGCCAAAGCCCUUGUAAACUGUAAAGAACUGACAAUGCAUGGCAAGAUUCUCAACAUCUCCAUGGAGAGGGAUAUCAAAGACGAUGCAAAGAGCUCCAAAUAUCAGAAGAAACCUGUUGUCAAAAGAAAAGAGACCCCAACAACAAAGACACCACAGGCAGUUAAAGCUAAACCACCCACAGAAACCUCGGAAACUACACCCGUUGCCAAGAAAGUUGUAAAGAGGGAAAUACCCUGGAGGAAGAAUGUAGUAGAGAUAUCUGGUCUUCCUGAAACAGGAGUCACUGUGGAUGACCUGACCAAACUUGCCCUGCCCCAUGGGUUCAAUUCUGUGCCUGUCAUAGCCAUCACUCAGAAAAAGGCAUACCUGGAGAUGCCGAAUAUGGAAGCGGCUGAGGCUAUGGUGAAGGCCCUUUCGAAGACUCCAGCCAAACUACAGGAGACUGAGUUAACCAUCAGCAUGAUGACCCAACCCAUUGACCUGAAUUACACAGAGUCACUGUUCAGAGUUCUGAUGGGAAUGGAGAAGUCGCCUGAGAUUGUUACGUUGCCUGAGCGACUCCUCACAGUCAGUAAUGUACCCAGUGGACAGAGUGCCAUCAAUGAGGUUCAAGACCUCAUCAAACGCUUUGGUGCCUACAGGCAGACUCUGCCUCUCAACGGCAGGAUAAUCUUUGAGAUGGAGAAUGCAACCAUCGCCAAAGCUGUGCACAGUCGAUUCCUCAAAUUUCCCUGCAUUGUUCAGAACAACUCACUCAGCUUUACACUGGCCAAAGUUGCCAAGACACCUGAUGAGGGCAAGAAGAAACCAGAAACAAAAGGCUCUAAACCAGCUGCAAAGCCGAGUAAAGCGGGAAAGAAAGGUCCUGCGUCAGGAGCUAAAGCUCCUGUAAAACCCACGACACAGGCUAAAACAAAACCAACAAACACCCAAAGUCCUGUCGUUGCUCCUGCUGCUAAGACUAACACUGUUGAUGCUGAUGCUAAACCUGUAGAAACAGCUGCCACUCCUCAAGCUGUCUCUGAUGAUGGUAUCACUGAAAAUGUAGAUACCACUGCAGAACCGGCCACUGCUAACGCAGUCACUGAGGAUGUAGCGAAGGUAGAUGCCAUGACAGAACCAUCUGCCACUAACACUGGUACUGAAAAGGUGGUGAAGAUGGAUGAGAAAGCCGCUGCCAACAUUACAGGUGAAAAUGAAACAAAGAUAGACACAGCUGCUUCAGCAGAAGGGGCUACCACUACCGUUUUUAGUGAGAAUGAUGCAGCAAUGGAUGUUACUUCUACGCCAGUUGCGGCAACUACUAAUAACACUGCUGAGAUUGGAAACAAGAUGGAUGUAACCAUAACUGUAGAAGUUGCCACAGCUGAUAGUGCCUCUGAGAGUGGGCCCAAGAUGGACAGUCAAGAUGUCCUCCAGACAGAUCAGACAGUUGUAUCAGAGGGUAGAACUGCAUCAGCAGGAGAUGGUGUCACUACGGACCCAUCAGAAGAAGGUGAGAAGACAGCUGUUGACAGUCAAAAAGAUGCACAAGCUGAAAAGGCACCUGCAAUAGGUAAAGUGACUUUGCCAACUGAACAGGGUAAAAACGAGGAGGAGAAGACCGGGUCGGCUGAAGAUCCUAUUUCUGUGGUUAGCACAGACUCUGUUGAGGACACAGUCCCGGUCCCCCUUUCAGUAGAACUGAGUGAGGUACAUAGUAUCCCGUCCAAAGAGUCCACACAGUGCACUGAUAUCAAGAAUGAUGCUGAGGUCAAAGAUGAUACUGAGGUCAAACAAGGUGAUCUGACUACACCCGAGCCAACUCUGUCCAACGCUGAGCCAGUCCCGUCUCACGACAAAACAUUGGACUUCCCGCCUGUCACCCAGGAGAUCCUGAAGGCUCUGGAAGCAGCCGUACACCAGUGUCGUAUGCAGUCUUCUUUAAGACGUGCAGAGGAAGAAGCCAAGCAAAAGCAGGCUGAGAGCACCUCCAAAAAAAGUGACACCAACAAACCAUUGUCUGACAAAGGGAAGAAGUCUCAGACCAGUAGUGAUAAGGGUAGACAUGGCCACAGGGAGUCUUCUGAGAGAGAAUCUUCUUCCAGACAUAGGAGCAGAGCCAGCUCAGACGAGGAGCAGCCACCAUCAACGCGGCGUGGAGGUUCUUCAAGUUCCUCCUCUUCAGCUUCACGGAGGAGCAAGCAGGACAGGAGUCCUGCCUCCAAAAAAAGUAGGGGCCAUGAGGAAUCUAAACAUAAGAGCCAUGGUACUAGUAAGACCACGCGAUCAUCAAGAAGUGACUCUAAAACAAAGGAGAAGAAGACUGCAGAAAUGGACGAUUUGUUGGAUGACAAUUUCCCAUUUAACCUGGAUGAGUUUGUGACAGUGGAUGAAGUCAGGGACGAAGUAGAAGAAGAACUUCCCUCUGCUGAAGAGCCUUCACCCAAACGUAAGAGGAGUGAUGAUGUCCCCAAAACCUCAGCCACGUCAGCCUCUUCAGUUCAGAAGAAAUCAGAUGACUCUACCCCAAAAACUCACCGGCCCAGGCCUGGGGCCGGAGCAAAACAAGUUAAAAAAGAGACAUCCAAGACGACUCAAAAAACCAACAAGGACAUCAAAACAGAAAUUGAUGUACAGAAAGGUGAUGAUGUGACUGAAAUGGAGGUGGAAUCUGCAGAUUUCAAGCCAAUCACUGAAACUGUAGAACCACAAAUGCAGAUAGUGGAGGGGCUUCGGAUAACGAAGGUUGAGAGUUUAGCUACCUCUCAGAGUUUACCCGCUGCACUAAUGGAAAUGCCCAUUGCUGAGAGAGACAAGAAGACAGAGCCUGAGAUGGCAGCAGACCUAGCACUAGCACUUUCAACAGAAGAUAUUGGAGAGGUGUCUAAAGCUCAGACACAACCAGUGGGUUCAACCAUUCAGGCUACAAAUACUGAAAAUGGACCCUCUCAUGUUACAGAAACCCUUCAGCUUGAUUCCUCUGUAGCAGUGGAGAAGGAGGACCCCCAACGAAGCCUAGCAGAUCAGGAUGCGGAGCUGUCAACGGUAGGAAACAAAGAAUCCAACGCUAUUUUUGAGAUGCAAAAUGAGACAAAGGGUGAGCAGAAAGAUGGAGCAGCUCCUAAAGAUCUUCAGAACUCUCUGGUAACCCUUGACGAGGUUAGCGAAGAAGAAGAAGACUUCCCUGACGAUGAACCAGAGGAAGAGGAGUUACUGAAGCAGCAGGCAGGAGAGAAUCCUGAAGCACUGUUGACUGUAGAUGAGGUUGGAGGUGAUGAGGUGGGGGCUGAGGAGCAUCUGGAGAAGGAGCUGCAAGGACUGGUUACACUGGAUGAGAUUGUUGAGGAGGAAGAUGAAGAGGAGGUGAAUCAGGAGGAAGAUUUAGUGGAUGCUUUUAACCCUGAGACUCUGGUCACCUUAGAUGAGGCCAAAAGCGAUGAUGAUGACAAAGAGGAAGAAGAGGCCAAGACUGCCAGCCCUGCCGUUGAGGUCCCAGCACAGGCUGAAGAGGCAAUGGGGUCUCCCACCCUGGAUGAGGAAGGUCACGAUUUAGAAGUGCUACGCGAGAUGAACUUCGUGACAGUUGACGAGGUUGGUGCAGAGGAAGAGGAGCAGCCUCAGAAGAAGGAGGAGGAAAAGGAGGGAGAGUCAGUCACUGAUAAAGGCAAAAGGACCAAGAGGAGAUCCCGCCAGACUCCAGUGAGGAAAUCCACACGGGGGAAAAGGAUGAGUGGAAAGACCAGUGACAAGAUUGAGGGAGCAGAGACGCCCUGUUCGGAGGAAUCUGCUGUGGUGUCCUCACUCUUGGAAGAAUCAUCUUUAGCUGCAGACUCAGUAGAUCUGGAACUGAAAGCAGACCUCCAGAACUUGGUGACUGAGACUGCCAUAGUUGCAGCCAGGACAGAAGCCACCUGCCCUGGGCAGGAGGAGGAGGAGGAGCGGCAGGUUCAAGUCCAGGAUUCUGAAGUAAAGCAAGAAACAGCGUUGUCUUCUGAACCCACUGUAGACAAGAGAAAAACAAUCAAAGAAGAAUCUAAGCAGAGGAGAGAAGCUGAGGUGAAACAAGGUCCAGAGAAUAAGAGAGCUCGCUCCCAGUCACCUCUGAAAAAAGACUUUACCUUACCCCCAUUCAGCCCUGACAACCCCAUUGGGCUGGAAUUCGUAGUGCCUAAGACAGGUUUCUUCUGCCAGCUCUGCUCUCUGUUCUACGGAAACGAGGAGACGGCGAAGAAAGGCCACUGCAGCAGUUUACGCCAUUACCAGAAUAUGGAGAAAUAUUACAAGAAGCUGAAAUCUCAACAGCAGUGUGGCAGCUCAAACAAUGUGUCCAGUCACAGAUCAGUGUCUCAGUAAACCAGUUAUACUUUGUCCUCUUUCUCUGUCCCUUUGGUUUUGUAUUAUUGUUAAUAGGUGGGUCCAAUGGUAUAUUGUUGU